AUCAACUCUCGUGCGGUGUGAAUCGAUUUUCCGCGAAAGUUACGGCGAAAUCUGCACGAUCUGCGCCAGUUGUAACGCCUGUGAAGAUUCGGUGCGAAUAUCUUCGCAUUUCUUCGGCGGUGUGGUCUCUCAUCUUCGGGUGUGACUAAUCUAAAUCUAAGAUAAAAUAUCAGCGGAAAACCCUCAAAAUCUCGCGUCGCGUUGUUUAGAAUUUGGUUCGGAAGUGAUGAGGUGUUGAGGUGUAUAUAUUUUGGAUAGAAUAAAUUGACAAUGGGUUGCGGAUGCUUAUGUUUUACUAUAUUUGCGUUGAUGCACGCCGUUGUGGAUGCUGGAAAAGAAGUGCCCAUAGUCAGCGUUCAAGCAGUAGCCGGUGAACCUGUGUAUUUACCGUGUGAUAUCUCUACGCAAGAACCUGGUGAUGAGGUGCUCUUAGUGUUGUGGUAUCGUGAGGAUCCAGGAACCCCAAUUUACACGGUUGACGGUCGUGAGCGUCAUUUCGAUGUGGCCGAACGCUGGUCGGACGAGAAAGUGUUCUCGAACCGUGCGUAUUUUAUCCAGGACAAACAACCCGCGGAGCUCGGGAUCGAUCACAUCAGGGAAACCGACCAGGCCGUGUACCGGUGCAGGGUAGAUUUUAAAAUAGCGCAAACGAGAAACAGUAUGGUGAACCUCACCGUUAUCGUUCCACCCCAGAAGAUAGUCAUCACGAAUGAAUCCGGGGCAGCACUGACGUCCGUAGUAGGGCCGUUUCCUGAGGGGGCGUCUUUCACCCUCAGAUGCGACGUUUACGGAGGCAAACCGCCGCCGACUGUGUCGUGGUUUCGUAACGACGUGCCAGUCAGCAACAGUAGCGGCGUGACGCUUCUGACACCCGGAGGAAGCGUCGGCGCCUUGCCGUCCAGCAACAUCGUCCGCAGUGAGCUGCGAAUCUCUAAUCUGGGUCGUCGGGACGUCCAUUCGGAACUUACUUGUCAAGCGACGAAUAAUAAAAAGACGCCACCAUUGGCGGCGACGCUGCACGUCGACAUGAACUUUGGGCCAUUAGACGUAAAAAUCUUGGGAUCAAAUCAGCCUCUUUCUGCGGGCAGACAUUUUGACCUGUUGUGUCAAAGUUCGGGAUCUAGACCUCCCGCGACUAUUACGUGGUGGAAGAAUGGCCAGAGACUCGAAAAAACCAAGGAUACAACCUCCAACGACGGCAAUACUACAACGAGCACUCUAUCAUUUUUACCCAAGAAGGAGGAUGACGGGAAAUACCUGUCGUGCAGAGCGGAAAACAAAAUGAUGACUUCCGAAGGACUAGAGGAUGGAUGGAAAUUGGAAAUACACUAUACCCCAGAGGCGAGGAUUAUCCUAGGGACUUCCCUAAACCCCGAUGCAGUCAGGGAAGGGACAGACAUUUACUUUGACUGCAUCAUAAACGCGCACCCUUCCGUUUAUAAAGUGGAAUGGAGGCAUAACGGAAAACCGCUGAACAUCAAUGUGAACGCCGGAGUGAUAAUCAGUAAUCAAAGCUUGGUUUUGCAAAGCGUUUCUAGAGCAACAGCUGGUAACUACACAUGCGUGGGGUACAACACAGAAGGAGAUGGAGAAAGUAACGCGUUUUAUUUGAAUGUUUUGUACGCCCCCACCUGUAAACCAGACCAGACCAGAAUUUAUGGUGUAGCUAAACAAGAAAGGGCGGAGAUUGUUUGCCAGGUCGACGCCAAUCCUCCAGAGGUUUAUUUCAAAUGGACCUUCAAUAAUUCUGCGGACUCGGUUGACGUAUCGCAAUCCCACAUAGCGAAAAGUGGAACAUCCAGUGUCGUUUCUUAUACUCCAAUCACGGAGCUGGACUACGGAACGUUGCUUUGUUACGCUUCCAACAACAUUGGCAUACAGAGGGUGCCUUGCGUCUUCCAUAUUAUAGCAGCAGGCCGGCCAGACCAGGUUCACAACUGCACCGUAAUGAACAUAUCAAUGACCUCGUUAUCCAUCCGAUGCUCCGAAGGCUUUAACGGGGGACUCACACAAGCGUUUUUAUUGGAGGUUAGGGAAAGCCACAGUCAAGACAUAAGGAGUAAUCUGACUUCGUCAGCUGCCAGAUUCACAGUAAACAAUUUAGUACCGGGAGAACAGUACCAGGCAGUUGUAUCAGCGUACAAUUCCAAAGGCCGUAGUGAGCCGGUUAUAAUUCAAGCGUCCACGUUGCGACUCCCAGAGAAACAGUUAACUGCCGAAAAAGAUUCCCACCGCUCCAGCUUCCGGUUCACACCUCUAAUGAGUGUUAUAAUCGGAAUAGUGUCAGCGUUAUUCAUCGUCGCCCUGGUCGUUAUAUUGGUGCUACGAUUACAAUGCAGUCACCAUCACGGAGAUGAUCGACAUAUCAGGAAACAGCAGAGGCAUAAAAAUGCCGUUGUUGGCGGUGCACCGAAUAUGGAGCAAAGAGGGUCUGGAAGCGGAGCGACGCUCAGCGAUAAGGGAGGCGGAAGUCCGAUAUCCAAACACGAUUCCAGUGCAGGAGAGUGCGACAGCGACGAAAAAAAUCCCGACAUCAUACCGCAACCCGUCGAUCCGGAUGACUGUUUGGACUAUUCCAGAAAAAAGCAACAUGUCUCCACGAUAGAAACUUCACCCAGCAGAAGUUUGCUACACCAGGCAGGUAACUCUGGUUUCAUGGGUUACUGUACUCUGCGCAACGGAAUGCCUCUCCACGAACUAAAUGCUCAAUCGAAAUUGGGGCACAGUAAGUCCACAAGUCCGGCUACGGGGUUACUUAAAAUAUGUAAUGAGUUACCCGCUCCAGCGCAAAUGAUCAAUCCUUACAACACAUCAUGUACACUGCCCCGUCAGCCUCCACAGCCGUGGCAAUACGGACCAGUCAGCCACUUGCCUCCAGGAGUUUACCCUUUGUCGUAUCGCGGUGUACCACUGCAACAGCAGAGGUUAAGGUCUACCCAAACUCGAGAACCACCCAUACCGAUGCAACCACUGGCGACAGCGGCUGAAGAAGAACCGUCACCCGAAACGCCACUCAUGGCGAACAAGAGAGAGAGCACCGUUUGACAAAUGACACCGCUCUAAAGAGUAUAAUUUUAGGAUUUACGGACAAAAGCUUUCAUUUGCUUAAACAAUUAAGACAGGGUUUACUUAGGUCAACUAAACAAAACGUGCGUGAACGCGAUCUGUUUGUUUUUAAAUGUGAAAGUAGGUUUAAGUGUUUUGUAAUUAUAUUAUGAAUAUACUGCCAUGAAGUGAAAUAUUUUUUCGUACUUGUAGUAUAUCUUCUUAACCGACUAUGAAACCUUAUCGACCGUAGUACAGGCCUCUUUUUGAUUUCUGGUUAGCUUAUACUUCAUGGUCGUCGUUUUGCUCUGCGAUCGAUAAAUAUUUAAUUUUCUAGAACAAUUAUUGUUAAAACAAGUUGAAAAAUUACUCAGUUAAUAAUCCGAAAUCGAAAGAAGUGCUGUACUGUGGUCUGUUAUACCCUAUAGAGACCCGACAAGUCGUAGUUAGCAGCCAUGAACAAAAUCGCAAUCUAAACGCACGUGAUUUCAUCUGGAGUCCAGCCAGUCAAAUUUAUUAAUUAACAGUUUUUACAAUCGUGUCCAUAAACUUAUAAAUACUAUAUUUAAAUAAAAGCAAUUUUAUAAAUGAUUUGUCGUGACUCCUUUGGAUUGAAAAUAACAUUUUUUCACCCUGCUUUUAGAACCACACAACUUUAUUAUUAUGAAUAUGGUUAAUUGAAUGUUAAAAAAACUCUCAUGGCAUUUACGUUUUUAAAUAUUUGUGUUUUUUAUCAUCACCGUUGUAACUUGAAAUUGUUAUUCCCAGAAAUAUUCACAUAAUUUUGCGCCUUUCUGAUCGAUCCACAAGGUGUUAACCCUUUCGGAUUUAAGACUUCUGCGCCAUUCGAAAUAUUUAUUUCUGUGUAUAAAUAAUUGUUAAAAACUUCAUAAAAAAGACAUAUCUAUGCUAUUACGUAUGCACUACAUUGGAAACUUUUUUGGUUGGCCGAAAGAUCGCACUUUUAUCAGUUUUAAAGUAAUCGAUUCAGUAAACUUAUUUAAUAUUAAAAGUAGAGGGAAAUAAAGGUAAUUAAAAUGAGAGAAAGCUAUCUAAGGAAAUUUAAAGUAAUUAAUGCAAAACCAGGUCACGAUUUUUCAGCUUUCUUAGGUAUAAGCUAUGGUCGUUAACCGAAGAGAUGGGAAUGGUACCUUUGGAUAUUUGACGAUACUUUCUUUCUAUUUAUCAAGCAAGAAGAAAAUCAUGUUGCGUUUUCAAGGCAUUUAGAGACACUGGAAAAGAGAAAAGCAAAACUGAGAACUGUUGUCAAAAAUCCAUAUCUACAAAACAAAAAGGAUUUCAGUGUAGGAUUAUGAUUUCAUGGAACAAAUUAUGUAACACGCAAUGUAUUUUUUUAAAGUAAUUCAUCAUCCUUUGAUAUGUCAAAAGUAUUUUUGUCAUUGGUUAAACACAAAUUUUAAUUUUUUACUGGCUAAAAGAAAUAUGGAUAACUCAAAAACUAAAUUUCCAAAGCGAAAAAUAUAUAUGGUGAUGGUAUCGAAAAUUUAGAUAUUAGAAUUGAAAUCUAUUUUUUCUAAAUUAAGUAAAAAAAUUUACAAGCAUUUAAGGUGAAAAGGAGUUAAAAAUUGUAAUUAGUGAAAUUAGAGAAAAAUGCAGUACUGAUAAUCCUGUAUAACGAAGAGGAAACAAUAUAAAAAGUUUCUUCCAAAAUGAAGCAAUUAUGUGCCCAAUAUCAUUUUUAAUUUUGCUGUUGUGUACCGUCCUGUUCAUUAAAAACCCUUACACUUAAUUUGACGGGGUGUUAGUAGUUAGUAGUGUUAUUUUUGGCAUUUAAUUUUAACAAUGUAUCAUGUCAAUUAUUGAUAGACGUCUAAAUGUCGUAAAUUUUAAAAUGCCGAAGAAAUAACCACAAAAGCCUGUUUCAAACCGCUUAAAUAAUAUAAAUAGUAUAUUAUGCAACAAGUGCGGUGAACGACAUUUGACUGACGAGUUGUUAAUAAACGAGUGAGUUAAAAAGUUUACCGAACGUGUUGCAUACUAUACUUUUUCUACGACAGUUUAUGGGUAUAUUUUCGCAAAACAACACCAAUACAUUCACUGACAUGACCGUCAGAAUUGACAAACGCCAAAAUUCAAAGCGUGGGAAAUAUCUCCGAAAACAUCCGAUUACUCCCAAAUCGGUGCGGUAAAAUCCCGGAAAUGUCCGAAGAGGCUCGGAUUCGUGGGAAACGAAACUGACGUGGUAAAAUGACGCUUCCCGCAGGCUAAAUCGGUGUGUAAUUAGGUAUUUUAGGAGGGUGUAUGAGUUCUUUAUUUUGUAAAAAUGUGGUCACUCACAAUUGCUUUCUUUCUUAUACAUGGGCUUUUUUAAUUUUUGUUAUCCAUUCAGAACAUACAUGUGACUUUCUUUCGAAAAGGGCCAAUCAAAAAAUGAUUCCAAAAGUCUUUUAAAUAGUUAUGGAUUGUGUUACCGAAUUCUUCGGGUUUAUUUGUUUUGGAAACACAUUAUUGUAAAUAAUAAGUAAACAAUUCAAAAAUAAAUUAUAUUGGUAACAACUUUAUGAAUGUGAUAAAACUAUGUAAGGACAAUUUCAAUGUAAAAAUUACGAUUUAAUUUUGUAAUUAUUACUGAUAUUUAGGUUAGCCAUUGAAUGUGUAUAUAAUCAAAAUCAAAAUAUCAAUGCUUAAUUAAUAAAUUAAUACUAUAUCAUUUUUCUGCGUCAAUUUGCUUUCUAAAGUUGUAUUAGAGUACGACUUUGAAUCGUAUGUUUGUACAAUACAUGUAAAUAUUAAUGAAAUGUAAAUAUAACAUUUUCGCCUUGUAAAUACAACAAAAUGACCCUUGAUAACGUUUACGAACAAAUUUUGUUUUGUAAGCAUAUGGAAUGUGUGUGUAAGAAAAUAA